UCAAAAUCCCGGGGUUCCGUACAAAGGUCUCUCUCUUCUCGCGCUUCAAAGUAUUCAGAAGCAGUCAUUACGUAGCUCAAGGCACCCUAGGAGCAGGAGGAGGACUGUCUAUUGCCAAUGGAUCCAUUUCAGAAACUCGUCGCCGACCUCUCGAGGACGCUAGGCCCAUCUUCCGGCCUCGACUCCGACGACGUUGAUGUCCCAAAGCUACGAAGCCUCAUGGAAGAAUACACCUCCAACGAGGCCGACUGGGCCAAAUACGCAUUCGCCGAUUUCAGCCGUGGCUACACGCGCAACUUGGUCGAUGAAGGAAACGGCAAAAGCAAUCUCUUAGUCCUAGUCUGGUCCCCCGGAAAAGGUAGCGCAGUUCACGAUCAUGCACACGCACAUUGCCUGAUGAAGAUCCUGAAAGGCACGCUGAAGGAAACGCGGUACGCUUUCCCCAGCCCCGAGCACGAGAAGCCCCAAGUUAUCAAGGAGACGCUGUAUGGGGAGGGCAUGUUCACUUAUAUGAGUGAUGAUCUGGGCUUGCACAAGAUCAGCAAUCCGGACCCGGAUAAUGUUGCUGUGAGCUUACAUCUUUAUACACCACCGCAUGCCGCGAUCCAUGGAUGCAAUAUUUUCGAUGAGAAGACGGGGAAGAGCUCCCACGUUUCGCAAUCCAACUUCUACUCUCAAUUUGGGCGCAAGACAGGCGCAUAGAAAUCUCCCAGCCCAUUUCUGGUAAAAUGCGGCAGUUUUUCCGGUUGGCAUUCUCGAUUACGAAGGCGUUUUGCGUCAUGAAUACAGAUAUCAAGGCAUGGGAAGGCGUUUAGAUACCCGCAGGCGCAAGCCAGAUCCAUGGUACACUAGAA